UCAAACAAAAGCAACCACUGACUGGCUCAUGCUGCUACAUACACAACAAAAACAUAACCUUGUAAAGCUACAGAAGAAAACUGAAAAUAUCGAAUCACGCUAAUAUUUACCUUGGUAUCUACCAGCCACAACAUCGAUUCUUGGAUCGACCUACCCACCUCUGAACUUCCUGUUUCAUUUUGUUGACAAUUCUAAUGAUUUUUUUGUCAUAGUGGACGUUAAGUUGUAACACAGGACAACAUCGAGUAAGGGAGCCACAACGGGUUCAAAGCUAUCGAAUGGUUCAUGCACAUAGUUAAGAGGCUGAAAACUGAAGACAAGAAAGAAUACAACCAGGACAGCAUCAGGGAGUCACUGGCAGGCAUGCCGGUGUUUGAUGAGCUCUCGGAGAGCACAGAAGUGGUGGAGAUGGAGGAUGUGAAUUCAACUCCCUUCCAGGUGCAAAAGCACACGUGGACCGAUCUGCGAAAAAUCAUCCAAGGGAGCCGCAAGUCCUUGGGCUUGCUCUUCAGCAAGGCACCGCAUUAUUUCCACUUUGUGCAGAAGGACGAGUCCAGCCCACAUUCCCAUCGCCUCUACUUCCUUGGUGUGCCAUUCCCCAGGAGGGAGAACUCAUUGCUCUACUCCGACAUUCCGAGGAAGAUACGCAAAGAGGCGCUUCUUAUUUUGGCAUGGAAGCAGCUGCUGGACAACUUUCAGACCAGUCCUCGCAAGAAGACCUUGUCCCGUGAGGAGGAGAUGCUGCGAGAGAGGAAGCGCUUGGGGGGGUCAGGCAUCACGUCCUAUGACUACCACCCAUCCAAGGGCCUCUUUCUGUUCCAGGCUAACAACAGUCUGUACUGGUGCAGUGAUGACAUAAAUGAUAGUAAGGUUCCUAUGAAUCCUGUUGAGCUUCCAAGCCAGUGUUCUAGCACGCGCAUGGAUGCCAAAAUCUGCCCCGCUGACUGUGACUUUAUCAGCUUUAUCCACAACAAUGACAUUUGGGUGACCAGCAUCAAGACGAGUGAAGAAAAGCGGCUCACUUUUUGCCGUAAAGGCAUCGAUAAACCAGACGAGGAUGCCAAAACUGCUGGUGUUGCCUCUUUUGUCACUCAAGAAGAAUUUAAUCGUUUCACGGCAUACUGGUGGUCCCCAGUUGCACAUGAUGAAUCAGAUGGUGGAAAAACACUGAAGAUUCUGUAUGAGGAAGUUGAUGAGUCUGAGGUUGAUGUUAUCCACGUCCCCUCUCCAGCACUGGAGGACUGCAGCACUGAUGUGUACCGAUAUCCACGUGCAGGCAGCAAGAAUCCUGUGAUUACACUGAAAUUACUGGAAAUCAAGACCAAUGAAUUUGGCAAAAUCGUCAGCACGCAAGAAAAAGAGUUGCCUGCACCCUUCGCCACGUUGUUCCCGAGGGCAGAGUACAUCAUUAGAGCUGGGUGGACUAAAGACGGACGAUAUGCAUGGACAACCAUGAUGGACCGACGCCAGCAGCAUCUUCAGUUGGUCCUAUUGCCUCCGUUGCUCUUCAUUCCUACAGAGCAGGACGAGACCACCAGACUGGAACGUCUGCGGUGUCUUAAGGAUCUGGGAGAAACUGUCAGCCCACUCAUCAUUUACCAACAGACCAGCGACAUCUGGAUCAAUGUCCACGAUAUCUUCCAUCCGUUCAUCCAAAGCAACGAUAAGGAGUUUACGUUCAUCACUGUAAACGAGUCCAAAUCAGGGUUUUGCCACCUGUACAAGGUCACCGUGCUGUUAGACCGUGAACACUUCGACUGGACCAGCUACACACACUCUGAAGAUAAUUUCCAGUGUCCAAUUAAAGAGGAGGUGGCACUAACCAGUGGAGAGUGGGAGGUGUUGGCCACCCUUGGCGCAAAGCGAUCAUCCAGCCCUCAGAUUUGGGUGGAUGAGAAAGAAAAGCUGGUGUACUUUCAGGGAACAAAAGACUCGCCCCUGGAGCAUCACUUGUAUGUAGUGAGCUACGAGUCUCCGGGAGAAAUUGUGCGACUGACCAAACCUGGUUUCUCCCACAGCUGCUCUGUGAGCCAAACAUUUGACAUGUUUGUGAGCCACUACAGCAGCCUAACCAACACACCCUGUGUGCAUGUCUACAAGCUGAAUAGCAGAGAUCACAACCCACUGAGCAAAGAGCCUGAGUUCUGGGCGAGUCUAAUGGAGCCAUCUGGUUACCCACCCCAAUACACUCAUCCUGAGAUCUUUAGCUUCUUAGGGACGUCCGGUUUCCAGAUUUAUGGCCUCUUGUACAAACCACACAACUUGCUCCCUGGGAAGAAAUAUCCAACUGUUGUCUCUGUCUAUGGUGGCCCUCAGGUCCAGUUGGUCAAUAACUCGUGUAAAGGUUUGAAGUACCAGCAGCUAAGCAUACUGGCUGCUCUUGGUUACGCUGUGCUCGUCAUUGAUGGGCGGGGCUCCUGUCAGCGAGGACUCAAGUUCGAAGGAGCUGUGAAGGACAACAUUGGCCAGGUGGAGAUAGAAGACCAGGUGGAAGGUUUGCACUAUGUAGCUGACAAGUACAAGUUUGUGGACUUGAACCGCGUUGCCAUUCAUGGGUGGUCAUAUGGAGGCUUCCUCUCUCUCAUGGGCCUCAUUCACAGACCUGAUAUCUUCAAGGUUGCCAUCGCAGGUGCACCAGUGACAUUGUGGAUGGCUUAUGACACUGGAUACACCGAGCGGUACUUGGAUACUCCCGAAAACAACCAGAAGGGCUACAAGGACUGCUCUGUUGCACUGCACGUCAAUAAGUUCCCUAAUGAACCAAACAGACUAUUGAUCCUGCAUGGAUUUCUAGAUGAAAAUGUGCACUUUUUCCACACCAACUUCCUGGUGUCCCAACUUAUCCGGGCGGGGAAACCAUACAGCCUUCAGGUAUACCCCAAUGAACGACACAGCAUUAGGUGUCCAGAGUCUGGAGAACACUAUGAGAUCACAUUGCUCCACUUCCUCCAGCAGAACCUCUGAUAAGCCUUUCUCCACACAUCCUUACUUAGUCUAGGCAACUUUUUCUAUCGGUAUCCUGGAUCUAGGCAAAAGUGUCCACUUUGUUCAUUAUUACGUCUAACAUUUUAUUGACUUUGUGAUAGACUAUGACCAUUCUCCUCUCAUGUAAUCUUUGGAACAUUCAACAUAGUUAAAUUGCCUCUGCACUCAUCUACAAUAUAUUGUAUCUUCUAUUGAUAUUUACAACUUUUAGUAUUUUUUUAUAAACGUAAUAUAAUAUUAAUACAAAUCAUAUUUGUUUUAAAUGAAAAAAAAAACACUUGUCUGCAAACAAACAAACUGAUGACAAAAAAUGUGUCCCCAUUUAGUUUUUUAGUAUAUCUAAAACAGGAUGUUUGAGUGCUGUUGAGUAAUAUCAGUUUCAAUCUAUUAGUAUUUUUUGUUUUUGAUUGAAUUUAAAAUCAUUAUUGCCUAGGGUUAUUGGACAGGUGAUCAAAUCCUAAAAGGCAAACUAGUGUCGCAUAUAACAUGCAGUAUGUGUAAAAGAGUUCAACUUGUUUUUAGGGAUGCAUGAUAAAUAUAGGGCCGGUAUGAGUAAUUAUGACGUUAUGUCGGUAAAUCCGAUAAGAUGAAAAUGUAUCCAUCCAUCUAUUUUCUAUAAAAGCUUGUCCUCAUUAAGUCACGGGCAAGCUCGAGCCCAUCCCAGCUGAAUUUGGGCGAGAACCCUAAAAUUGGUCGCCUGCCAAUCGCCCGGCACAUAUAAACAAGCAUCCGUUUACGCAAUUGACAAUUUGGAGUCUCCAAUUAACCCAGUCCUUCACAAAUAGUGGGGCGGGCCCCCCUGGGGGGGCACGUGUGACCUCGGAACAUGCUUAUUUAGCCGUACCAGAUACGAUGAAGUAAAUCCAGCACUUGACUUCACUGUAACCACGGUGGGAGGCGAGGAAAGGCCAGUGUGUUGUUUCUUUUAAUGUAAAUAAGCUUACAAUGUUAUGCAGAGGUAUAGUUAUAUCAAUGUUAUAGACAAAUUAAACGAGAGUGGGGGGGGGCGGAAAAUAUUUUCUUCUUCCUACGGGGCGCAUAACAGAAAAUAUUUGAAUUAACCGAACAUGCAUCAGAGAGAUAAUUAUCAGGCCAAUAUUAGGAAUUAUGACAUCGUAUUGAUGAAUCCGAUGCUCCAAUUAGGGCAGAUUAAUCGUACUGUGCUGCAGGUGUGUUUUGGUGAGAAAAUCAAGCGCUUCUUUUCCCCUACCUGUAAACUUCCCCUGAGCUCAUUGUAAACAAACAUGGCGUAGAUCGUGUGAGACUUCUUAACUGUUUCAGAGGAAGACUUUUCGUGUGUUAUUUGCAAAUGUUUUGCAAACCGUUCCUUGAGGAAGGAAAAAUAACAUCAAGGGUCAACACAUCAAACCUUAUCAACCACCUGAAACGCCAAUAUCACUACGAUGGUGUUUUGAAAGUCAAAGAAGACUUCUGAGACUUUUUCAGUGUUUCAGUGGGAAGAUAUUUUGUGUGCUAUCUGCACCAAAUGUGCUGCAAAAAAAUUAUUCAGGAGAAAAAAAAAAACUUCAAGCUUCAACACAUCUAACCUUAUCAGUCACCUAUAACACCAGUAUCAUGUCGCAAAGAAAGGUGUGCACAAACUAGUUAAAUCUAAAUUUUUGAAAAUCAUAGAUGUCAUUAAGUUAUUUGUCUUGAGAAGCUGGAUGUUAAAAAUAUAAUCAUGCAUCCCUAACCUAUUUUAUUCGAACUAGUGUGUAAUGUUCAUAUCAUACACAUGACACCAUAUUAAAUUAUUAAAAUUGUAUUUUUUUGUGGGAAAAGUGCCUGAUGAACUGUUAAUAUAUUCAUUUGAUUUGUUAUUAAGGGAAUUUAUGUGAUACCAAACUCCAGAUUUUUCUUGAGAUUUGCUUCUUGUUUUGCUGAAUAUUGGUUUAAAAAUACCUACAAAUAUGCACAUGUAAGACAAAAAUAAUAAAUGUCAACGUAUUUUAAGCGUUCUUGUUUUUGUUCAUGUCAAAAUAUAUGUCAUUGCAGCGUUCGUUCUGGAAGGCAUUGUACAAGGGCUGUCAAACGAUUAAUACUAUAUUAUUAUUUAUUGCGAUUAAUUGCGUCUUGUUCGUAGUUUACUCAGAACUAAUUGCAAAUAGGGCUGCAACCAACAACUAAUUUGAUAAUCGAUUAAUCUGUCGAUUAUUACUUCGAUUAAUAAUCGGAUAAAAGAGACAAACUAUACAUUUCUAUCCUUUCCAGUAUUUUAUUGGGGGGAAAAACAGCAUACUGGCACCAUAUUUGUUUUGAUUAUUGUUUCUCAGCUGUUUGUAAAUGUUGCAGUUUAUAAAUAAAAGUUUAUAAAAAAUAAAUAAAUAAAAUUAAAAAAAAUAUAAAAAGUAGCCUCUGCGCAUGCGCAUAGCAUAGAUCCAACGAAUCGAUGACUAAAUUAAUCGCCAACUAUUUUUAUAAUCGAUUAGUUGUUGCAGCCCUAAUUGCAACUAAUCCCCGAUAGAUAAAUUUUUUUCAUCAUUAAUAAGUGUACCCUAAACAGAUAAUUUUCAAGUUGUUAAAACCAUGACUGGACAAUUAGUUUUUAAUAAAUGUUUUUUGAACAUAAUGCUUUUUUAAACAGCUCAACACAAGAUGGACAUAAGCACGCUUUUAAUGACAAUAAAAAAAAUCACCUGCAGUGCGUUGCGGUCUGGCCAGAUUUUGUAGGAAUACAGAAUUUGUAUUCCUGCUGUAGGAGCACUUGCAUUCACUGCGAUGUCGGGAGAACGACUUGCCACGGCUUUGGACCCGUGCUUUCCAUAAUGUACACUUUUCUUUGUCCAUUUGUGCUUACUAUUUUUGACUACUUGUGGCUCAACAGUAACUGAACGCAACUACAUUAUUCCAAGCUACAGAACGGACAAGGGGUAAAACAGGAUUUGUGCGCGUUAAAUUGCGCGUCAAAAAAAAAGUGUGCCUUUAAAGGAAAUUAUACUUAACUCGUUAUCGCAUUAACUUUGACAGGCCUACUUCGUACCAUAUAAUAUGUAUACAUUUACCAUGUAUUUCUAGGGGUCUCAAUACUGGUAAAUUAUAUAAUAAUGACAACACUGAUUCUUAUUCUCUAGCAUACAAGAUGCCAAUCAAAUAUACGCAUGGCAAUCUGCCACAAAUACAUGACUGUAUUGGAAACUGCUUAGUGUGUACAGUGCAUCCGGAAAGUAUUCACAGCACUUCACUUUUUCCACAUUUUCCAUUCAUUUUUGUCCUCAAAAUUCUACACACAAUACCCUAUAAUGACAAUGUAAAUUUUUGCAAAUGUAUUAACAAUAAAAAACAGAAAUCACAUGUACGUAAGUAUUCACAGCAUUUGCUCAAUAUUUUGUUGAUGCACCUUUGACAGCAAUUACAGCCUGAAGCCUUUUUUGAAUACGAUGCCACAAGCUUGGCACACCUACCUUUGGGCAGCUUCGCCCAUUCCUCUUGGCAGCACCUCUCAAGCUCCAUCAGGUUGGAUGGGAAGCAAUGGGGGCUUUGUACCGAGGAUGUCGUUGUGGCUUGUGCAGCCCUUUGAGACACUUGUGAUUUAGGGCUAUAUAAAUAAACAUUGAUUGAUUGAUUGAAUGGUUUUCAUCCAGGAUGUCUUUCUUUAUCUCUGUCCUGACUAGUCUCCCUGAAAAACAUCCCCACAGCAUGAUGCUGCCGCCGCCGUACUUCACUGUAGGGAUAGUAUUGGCCUGGUGAUGAGCGGUGCCUGGUUUCCUCCAAACAUGACGCCUGGCAUUUACGCCAAAUAGUUUAAUCUUUGUCUCAUCAGACCAGAGUAUUUUGUUUCUAUCGGUCUGAAAGUCUUUCAGGUGCAAUUUGUCAAAUUUUUACUAAGAAAUGGCUUCCGUUUGGUCAUUGUACCAUACAGGCCUGAUUGGUGGAUUGCUGCAGAGAUGGUUGUCUUUCUGGAAGGUUCUCCUCUCUCCACAGAGGAAUGCUGUAGCUCUGACAGAGUGACCAUCGGGUUCUUUGUCACUUCCCUGGCUAAGGUCCUUCUCACCCGAUCGCUCAGUUUAGACAGCCGGCCAGCUCUCGGAAGAGUCCUGGUGGUUCCAAACUUCUUUCAUUUACAGAUGAUGGAAGGGUUAGUGCGUCUGCCUCACAAUACGAAGGUCCUGAGUAGUCUUGGGUUCAAUCCCGGGCUUGGGAUCUUUCUGUGUGGAGUUUGCAUGUUCUUCCCGUGACUGCGUGGGUUCCCUCCGGGUACUCCGGCUUCCUCCCACCUCCAAAGACAUGCACCUGGGGAUAGGUUGAUUGGCAACACUAAAUUGGCCCUAGUGUGUGAAUGUGAGUGUGAAUGUUGUCUGUCUAUCUGUGUUGGCCCUGGGAUGAGGUGGCGACUUGUCCAGGGUGUACCCCGCCUUCCGCCCGAUUGUAGCUGAGAUAGGCUCCAGCGCCCCCCCGCGUCCCCAAAGGGAAUAAGCGGUAGAAAAUG